UCGGCGUUGUGUCGUGCGCCCGUUGUCAAGUUGUUGACGGCGCCCUCGUUCUUUGGUGGUUUGGAGGCUUCCCCUGCGUGUGGCGCAGAGGGGUUUUGACUGUCGAGACGAGGAGGAAGAAGAAGCGGUGGAGACGGAGAGAGAGAGAGAUUGGCCAGCCGAGGUUCGUACCCGCUGCUGCCGCCGCCGCCGCCUUUUGUUUGGAGAUUGAGGCCACCAUCAUGGGCGACGACUGGAAGCAGAAGGUGCUGGCCCUGCUGACAGAGAUGCCCGAUGGCUGCACAGUGGGCGAGCUGUGCACACACUACACGCAGCGCUACCACCUCAGCCUCGCUCCCAAGAAGCACGGCUUCCUCAACACAAAGAACAUGCUGAAGUCCUUGGGGGGCCACAUCGACCACGGUUGUCUCACCAAAGGGGUCGCUAAACUGAGCGGGAUGCCGCCGUCCGCGGCACAACGAGAGGAGGAGAGUCCUCCUCCCAAAGCAAGAUGGAGGCAAUUGGAGGACGGAAGCGACGACCAUCGGCGAGAGGGCACGGAAUUUCAACGACGAGGAGGAUCGCCGUUCAAGGUGGAGGCGUCGCUUCCCGUCACGGAAGGGGCGAGCAGAGGCAACCCGCACUCGUCCCCGCGGGGUUCGAUGGUGGACAUCGGCCCGGCAGGAGCCGCGCAGAUGCGUUACCAGCAGAGUCCGGCGGAGACCACGGGGCUCGCACUUGGAGGGGUACCAGCAGUGGUGGUGCAGCAGCAGCAGCCACCUCUCAUUGGUGACUGUGUGUCACCCUGGGUGAAGAAGUUGAUCGACACACAGUCUCCAGCAAUGCCUGCUGCCGCCACCGCUUCCUCACAAGAAUGGCCGUCCAUCCUGCGCAUGAGCAAAAGUAAGCUCAAGGAAAUGCAGAGCAAGCAGAACUCGCCCGUGCAGAACGUCGAUUCGCAGUGUGGUGCUGCGUCUCAGCAGCUGCCGACUGCACAAUUGGAUGCCGUGGCCCAACCGCAGAAUCAAGAGCAGCUGCUGCCCACGCCGGAAAGAAAAGAGGUAGUACAAAAGAAACCCAAGAAAAUCCUAAGCGCGGCCGAGAAACAAGAUGCGGACAGGUACUAUGCCAGCAUGCGACAGGUCCACCAUGGCGUGAUGCAGGGGAGCCCCAGAGUGGAUCCAGGCAGGAGGCCAACUAGGUACAUGAGCGUGGAGCGCGUGAACGAGAUCGCCGCUGACUGCAUUAAGACACUCGGGGAGACUGAGCAGCAUGUGUUGCCAGAAAAGGUGAUUCAUUUGGUGUGCCAACACCUCCAGGUGCAGUUCCUCAAGGACGUGGGCAUUCGAGACAUGUUCGUUUUGCCUGUGAUGAAUGAGUUUGUCCGAACACACAGAGAAGUCAACCUAUUCAUCGAGGCCUUCGAGAAAGUGCGAUGCAUCAGCACGCUGUACGAGCUGGGCCAGUGCUUGGCCGCCCUGAAGGAAAAGCAGUUCUUUCGCGAGAUCGGCCUGGGACCGCUGUGCCGCCACCCUCUGGUGCAGCGCCUCUUUAAAGUGCCGCACUCACUCCGCGAUGAUGACAUCUACGAGAUCACCACCGUGGACAUCCUCCAGGUCUUGCCCACUUAACCCUUUUCCAUCGUUUUUUUUUCAAGCUUAUUUUGUUAAUGAUUUGAGAACCAGCCGUGGUGUAACGGUUAGCAAACUGGAGUUGGCAUUCCUGAGGUUGCCAAAUUUAAUUCCAUCUUCCGGCGCAGUAGUUGAAAUAAUUGCCAAGU